GAAGUGUGAGAUGGCUUUUCCAGUCCAAGACCAGCAAAGAGACUACUACAGACAGACAGCGGUAUAAGCGCUCUCUCACUCUAAAAUCCGCCAUUCAUUCUCUCUCUCUUCCUUUCUCAACAUUCUGAGGAGUGAAUCGGAGCACAGUGAUAUAGAAUGACAAGCGGAGGAGGAUAUGGUGAUUCUAGUCAGAAGAUCGACUAUGUAUUCAAAGUGGUGCUCAUCGGAGAUUCUGCCGUCGGAAAGUCUCAGAUUCUCGCUCGUUUCGCUAGAAACGAGUUUAGCUUGGAUUCCAAAGCUACAAUCGGAGUCGAAUUCCAGACGCGAACUCUAGUCAUCCAGCACAAGUCCGUCAAGGCUCAGAUCUGGGAUACAGCUGGCCAGGAACGAUAUAGGGCGGUUACAAGUGCAUAUUAUAGGGGAGCAGUUGGGGCAAUGUUAGUAUACGACAUAACGAAACGACAAACAUUCGAUCACAUACCCCGUUGGUUAGAAGAAUUACGCGCUCACGCAGACAAGAACAUCGUCAUCAUUCUAAUAGGGAACAAGACCGAUUUGGAAGAUCAACGCGCGGUUCCAACUGAAGACGCCACUGAAUUUGCUCAAAAAGAAGGGCUGUUCUUUCUGGAGACCUCAGCAUUGGAAUCCACUAACGUGGAAAAUGCAUUCACGACGGUUUUGACAGAGAUCUUCAAUAUCGUUAAUAAGAAGAAUCUUGUGGCGGACGAUAAUAACAAUGGCGGACAAAGUGGUGGUAAUACCAAUUCUGGAUCGUCGCUUUCGGGGAAGAAGAUUAUUAUUCCUGGACCGGCUCAGGUUAUUCCUGAAAAGAACCGAAUGUGCUGCUCGACUUAGGGAGAGGCUUGAUUGGGCAUUUUAGUAUUGAUUUAUUUAUAUAAUAUAGUUUUGUUAUGUUUUGUUCUUGGUCGUCGGCAUGUGUUUUGUUGUUGUAGAUUGGGAUUUUCUGAAAGAAGAAAGAAGGCUUUUGUUAGAGACUAUGUGUCUUUUUUGUGAUAAUGCAAUUGGCAAGUUAUAUA